GAGAGAGAGAGAGCCUUGCGGAGAGCGAAGUAGUGUAUGCUAUGAUUUGUUUUUCCAAUUCCCGACAGAAUACAAGUAAAUUGAGUAAAUGACGAAGGCAGUGCGUAAAUUGAACAAGCACUGAAAUAUGUACAACUUCUGCAGUAAUUACUACUGUCUUAGGCAUUCAUAUUAAAUUUGAUUCGCUAUGCAUCUGUGGUCACUCACUGCACUUCAUAAUUAACUCUUAUUGAAACGCCACUGUCGCUAUCAUUUAAGCUGUAGCCACAGUAAUCUGUUCACCCUCUGGUUAAGCCUCUUUCCCUUGCAGCGAUCCUCUCAUUUGUAGCUCUCCCUCUCAUGGUGUUGGCAGUGCUUCAAUUUCGUUCUCAUUGUGCCGUUUUCGCAUGCAAGUAAAUAUAACUGUUGUUUCGCAGUCCAACUCACACAUCGCCCACACAAGGCAAAUCAAGUAGACAAAAGCUGCGGCCACAAGCUACAAUAAAUAAAAGUUUUACCGCAGCUGCAUAAAUACAUUUGUUGGUCACUAGAUUUCCCAUUUAUGAAGCGAACGGAUAAUUCUGCUGUUGCAACUGCCGCGUUCCCACGGAUAGAGCAAAACACUCGCCCUGCUACCCUUACCGCGAAGAGAAGUCCAUUGAAACUGAAAUGUCUAUGAAAACCGAAGAACAGAUGGAGAUGAUUGGUUUUGAAGUUCUCACAAGCGUCCCCGACGAUCCGGACACGGGAAGGUUUGUCGGCCAGUCACGUUACUUGAAGCUGGAAAUACCAGCCGUCGUGGAGGGUGUCCGUCGCUUUCUGCACGGCGUGGCCGUCAAGCAGACAUUCACCGGCGAUGUGGUGAUGGAGGACGCUGUGGAAAUGACUGCUAAAACUGUGCUCCACUACCGCGGAAUCGUUAAGGUGCCGCGCGCAGCCAUAGUCCAGUUUAUAUACCCGAAACACUUCUUUUUGCCAGAGUUUGAAUAAUUCCUAACCUACGCUUACUUGCACUCACACUUACGCAUGCACUGCACACGGGAAAUAAUUCCUCAUUCGUCGUGGCUCAUCAAUUUGUGCCCCUCCCCCGCCACAAUGAUUGUCGCAAAAUUCAAUAGACAAAAACAAUUAAAAUGAACCCUCAAAAUGUAAUCAAAAACAAAAAAUAAAGGCC